AUGGCAACUCCCUCUGGUACCCGCCUGGCGCCUCCCUCUGACGGCCUACCUGCCAUCACGGAGAAUGGUCAAGGCUCCCUCAACCAACGCCGCACCUCGCUCGGUUUCCUCCGUCGUUCCAAAUCCACCGAACCCCUCGGCGAGCGCAAAUCCUCGGGCAAUCGCAAGAAGAUGUCCAAGGCUCAAGCCAUGGAAGAAGAGCUGCGCCGUCAGCGUGAAUCCUACGCGCCCAAGCAUGCCCCGCGCUUGCCUGACCUCUCCCCCACCCCACAACUGGAGACCUUUGGAGGCGAAGAGCGUGAUGCCCUCGCCGUGGACCCGACCCCGCCACGCCCCCAGUCGGGUUUUGCCGCAUCCACCUCGAUCCCCGAGCCCAUUGACCCCUAUGCCCGCACUGAGAGCAUGACCCAUCGUGGUCGCUACAGCUACGCCAGCAGUGCUGUGAGCACCGUCAACAGCCCGCGUCGUCUGCGGCGUCGCAAGGACCCCACGUCCUACAAUGUCCUGGUGGUCGGCGCUCGCAACUCGGGCAAGACCUCGUUCAUCAACUUCCUGCGCCAGGCCCUGACGAUGCCCCCGCACAAGCACCCGUCGCGCACUCCAGAGGAGCUGGUUGAACUCGACCGCCAAACCUCGCCCUACGAAGGAUUCACCUCGCAGUACCUGGAGACGGAGAUCGACACGGAGCGUGUCGGGUUGACCCUGUGGGACUCGGAGGGCCUGGAUCGCAACAUCGCCGAUCUCCAGAUGCGCGCCGUCACCGGCUUCCUCGAGAGCAAGUUCGAGGAGACUCUGGCCGAGGAGAUGAAGGUCGUGCGCUCCCCAGGUGCCCGGGACACCCACAUCCACUGCACCUUUUUGAUCCUGGACCCCGUGCGUCUGGAUGAAAAUAUCGCCGCCGCCGAGCGCGCCGCCAAUGGCACCUCUAAGCCGUCUGAUUCGCCCGUGAUCGGGGUUCUGGACCAGAACCUGGAUCUGCAGGUGCUGCGCACCGUGCUGGGCAAGACUACGGUUGUGCCGGUAAUUAGCAAGGCGGACACCAUCACCUCUGCCCACAUGCAUUACCUCCGCAAGGCGGUUUGGAACAGCCUGAAGCAGGCCAACAUCGACCCGCUUGAGAUUCUGACCCUGGAAGACCAGGAGGAAUAUACCUCGUCAGAAAGCGCGGAUGAGGAGACCGCAGACGGCGAGUUUGAGGCCGACGAAUCCACUGAGCCCGCUGAGCUCCCUGGAUCUACUGUGCCUGCUCAGCCUGCCGAGGUGGCUGAGUCUGCUGAAACCGCUGAGACUUCUGAGCCCCCCGAACCCACCGAAUCUGCCCAAGUGGCCGAUGAUGUCAAGGAGUCGGAGCCUGUGCCUGAGAAGGCGGCUCCCACCUCGCCGUCGCAACGCACCCAGAGCACGCGCAAGUCCAACGCCUCGCAUGCCGCCAGCCAGCACGUCCCGUUCUCGAUCCUGUCCCCCGACCCUCACUCGCUGGCAGCCGGGGAUCAGCCGGUCGGUCGUCGAUUCCCCUGGGGAUUUGCGGACCCCUACAACCCGGAGCACUGCGACUUUGUGCGGCUCAAGGAUUCGGUGUUUAGCGAAUGGCGCUCUGAGCUGCGCGAGGCCAGCCGCGUGAUCUGGUACGAACGCUGGAGAACCAGCCGCCUGCACCGCCAUGAGCAGCCCGCGCCGGUGUCCAAGAAGGCCAUGUACGGAGGUCGUUUGCGUCCCGUUCACGAUGGCCGUCGCACGCGAUAA